AUGCCUCUCGACGGGGUGAAGAAUAUCGUCCUAGUCCUUUCCGGCAAAGGAGGCGUCGGCAAAUCCUCAGUGACCCUCCAACUCGCGCUGGCGCUCUCUCUUCAAGGCAAAUCCGUCGGAAUUCUCGAUAUCGAUUUGACAGGCCCUUCAAUCCCGCGACUAGUCGGUCUCGAAGGCGCAAAAAUAACGCAGUCGCCGGGAGGAUGGCUUCCAGUUGCAGUCCAUGAUGCCGCGCAGCCAACAGAUGCGACCUCUUCAUCCUCAUCACAUCCCCGUGGCUCUCUCCGAUGCAUGUCCCUCGGUUUCCUUCUCCGCGAUCGGGGCGAUGCCGUUAUUUGGCGCGGCCCCAAGAAAACAGCUAUGAUUCGCCAAUUUUUGUCCGAUGUGGCCUGGGGUUUGACAGACUAUCUUCUCAUUGAUACGCCUCCUGGUACCAGUGACGAGCAUAUCGCUUUGGCGGAGCAGCUUUUGACACUCUCCACGGCGGAUGCGGCACUUGCGGCACAGAAUAAUAUGCCUAGACUCACGGGCGCGGUGCUCGUAACGACACCCCAGGCGGUUGCAACGUCGGAUGUACGCAAGGAAGCGAACUUCUGUGUCAAAACGAGUAUUCCUGUGCUGGGUGUUAUUGAAAAUAUGUCUGGAUAUGCCUGCCCUUGCUGCGGGGAGGUCAGCAAUCUUUUCUCCAGUGGUGGCGGCGAGGUCAUGGCGCAGCAAUUGAGCAUUCCUUUCCUGGGCAAAGUGCCCGUAGAUGUGAAGUUUGGGGAAUUGGUCGAAGGCAAAAUGGAGCCUGCGAGUGAUGACGAAGAUGAGGAAGAAGAGGACGAGGGGAAAGAAGCACAGCCUCCUGCCGAACCAGAUUUGAGGCCACUCGUUGAACGAUAUAAGGACGGCUGGUCAUAUCCGCGAUUUGAAGACUUUGCGAAGACUAUCAUCGGAGGCGUGCAACAUACCGAUCGGACAUCUUAG